ACUGAAGAGGAAGCUGAAGUAUUGUGGGAAGGUCAACCCAUUGGAUCCCCAAGACCUGAAAUUUUCCCCUAUGCGCGAACUGGACCCUGAUAAGUGUGGAGAGACUAAUUCGGGAAUGUGGCAGAAGGGUAUUAGGCAGGAAGGGAAGAUCGAUCUAAGGACACUCAGAAAGAUUUGGAGUGUGGGAAGGCCGUACUUGAAGUGUAAGUGUGAGAAGGAAAGGAAUAGGGAUUGUGGGGGUACCCCUCUCUGGUUUGAUCACGCCAUCUGGUUCCUAUUAGCGCAUCCUUAUGUCUUGUUUCCGACCUUAUCGUCGAUCAAGGUUCGCACUUCAAUGCUCAUUCACUAUCUCCGUACCACUUGGAAGGACGGGGUGUUGGCCGCCAUCGGAUUCCACUUUCUCAGGGAUGUGAUGAUGGGAAUCGUGAAGGAGCUUGAGGCAGAUGGGACAUUGAAUGCGGAAGGGGUGCUCAAGGAGGACCGGCUCUGGAGCUACCAGAUCCCCGCCAUGCUGGCGCGCAUCAUGCUCCCCACCCGGAUUCCCGAGAGACCAUCGAGGGUUCCACUCAGCUCUCCGCGAGCUGUGGCGCGGAAACGAGGCAGCACGGCGCAGGAUCCGGACGAAUGGGUGAACGCUCGUGGCCAGAUGAUCACGCUCCCUAAUGGCAGGAAGGCGUGGAAGAGGCAAAAAUCUGACUGUGACACGUUCCUGCACUUGAAGUACACCAGUCGCGUAAUGGAACCACUUUCUGUUAGGAGGCUGGUGAAUGAGGUGCUCAGCAGAGUAAUCGGAGAUGAUACGGCGACUUGGCUAGAGCGCACCAGGAUCGGUUGGACUUACAAUCCCAAGAUAGCCUCCAAGCUGUGCAGGCCGGCGGAGACAUUCUGCGAGUUCGACGUGGCACAGUGGAUGGAGAGCUACCAUCCAGAGCAACGUCCCUGCAGCCCGCUGCUGCAGAGCAUCAUCAGAGCCGGCCUCAACCAUAUCCCGUGCAUGGCCCUGGAUGUGGAGGAGGCGAGCGUCGAGCUGGGAAACUGUCUAGACGAACUAUUCGCACGGGUCAUGGAGUUGAGUGACCUCAAUGCCUCUACCAAGUCGUUUCUCCGAAGAGUCAUUAUGAAGAAAGCAAGGGCGAGGAUGGAGAAGUACCGUGCUGCGCACAGGUACGCUGCUGCCGAGCCGUUCGAGCACCCGACUGUCAAGAGGGAGUUGGAGUUCAUAACUGGCAGAUUCCGUAUCUGCCCCACGGACAAGGCGCCCAACACUCCGGCCUUUGUAUGCAAGAACUUCAUGCGGAAGCUCGCAUUCCAGAGGCUUUCCGGUCCUGAAUUCGCCAGCAUCAACGUACCACCGGCGGCUGCCAUCGCAUGUAUACGCGGCGAACUCUCUGCUCUACCUGCACUCCCCAUCGCACCGGCGACACUCACGUACCUCAUGGCGGUUCUCAAGGCGCACAAGGGGACCUUCCGGUGGAUCACGAACACCGCUAAUACCAUCAUCUCCCCUGUCGCGGAGGUCUGCGCCUGUUUGAUGAGGUUCCUGCUUCCGCUGGCGCAGGUCUUCUGUCAGGAGAGGAGCUUGGAGGUGGAGGAGCAGUAUGGUGUCAGACCGAAUCUCUGGUGGGCUAUAGCCUCGGUGGGCGAAUUCCAUGCGAACCUUCCGGAGAAGGUUUCCUCGGUGUUUACGGCUGACAUCACCAGAUGCUUCGAGACUAUCCCCACGGACGGUUCGGAGGAGAGUCUUCCCGCUGCGGUCAGAUUUUACGUGCAGUGCGCGAUGCAAAUUCGAAGGGAGAGAAGUUCCUGCCAUGCCAUCCGUAUCAGGUUUGGACAACAUGGUGGGAUAUGGCCAUCAUGGGUGGACGAUGAGCAACCGGAGGAGGAGGGCGCGCUGCUAUUCAGGGAACGCGACAUCUACUGGCUCUCGGACUGGUGUAUCGCCAACAACAUAUUGCGCAUGGGGGACUACGUUUGGAGGCAGGUGAAGGGGAUUCCUAUGGGACUGGCGUACUCCCCGAUCUAGUGUGACAUAUAUUUUUUUAAGUAUGAAUAUCACGCCAUGAUGAGGUUGGCAGAUACCGGGAAUGCCCAUCUGAUCCCGUGCUUUGACAACACG